CUAAUCCAGAAUAUGAAAUCGAACCAGCAAAUGAGUUCAUCGAUAGAUUACACAGGGGAAUCUCCCGUGAAGUCCUACAUGAGCGGGACAUCGUCUCUACCUGGAAUUCACCCCAAGAACGAAGGUUUGAACAAGAGCCAGGACUUUGCACAAACAAAUCUGGCCUUCGUAGAUGGACUGAAUGCAGCCAAACCUAAGAUUAAGAAGAAAAAGCGGAAGAGGAACUAUAAAACUCUUAUUGCUGAAGAAGGCACAGAGAUGUUCAAUGCACAAAUGGAGAGUAAGACUUCCAAAAUUCAGAUGAGUCUCAUCCAAAAUCGUAUUAAAAGACUUGAGUUUGAAGAGCAACGUGCUCGAGAGAAGAUCUUGAAGGCCAAGAAUGAAGCAGAACGCAUCCAGGCUUUACAGCACCAGAAGCAAGCAGCCAGGAGCCAGAAGAUAAAAUUUCAGGCGAUGGAGAAACGCAAGCUUGAGGGGAUUCGUCAGCAAAAUUCACUUGAUCGAAUGAGGAUGAAACAACACAUUAUUGACCUGCAGAACUACAAAAUUGACCAAAACCAUAAGAAGAGGCUGCAACUGCAGGAAGAAGUGAACAGAGCUCGUGAAUUAAGUGAGAUGCUUAGAAAGGAAGAAAAUGACUACAUCAUGCACCUUAAGAACAAGGUCAAAGGCGAUAAGUAUUGUAAAAAGACACUUCGGCAUCGCCUUAAGACGAAUAUGGAUUUUAACAAAUAAGAAUGCAUACCAGUCGAAGAUAAGCCAGCUUAAGAAUGACGCAACCCAGAAUUACAGUACAAUCCAGGAAAUGGAGAAUAAGGAAAGGGAAAUGCUAGACAGACUCAAGAUCACUUUCAAGUCCGUUGAGGACCAGGAGAGAGAAGUUAAGAAGUUACAGAGAAACGGUAAGAGGAGACCUCUGAAAAACACUAAGAGUGUCAUUGCCGAGUAUAUUUCAACCCCUCUUAUGAAGAAUAAUGGCUUAGAUGGAGACAGUCCUUUCCAACUGUCUCCUGUUAAGAAGAGAAAAUCUUCGAAGUUAGUCUCUCAAGGGAAUGAUUUUAGUGCCAAGAAUCGUAAUGAUUCAAUAAGCUACUCACAUCAAAUGGCAGAGACCGGCCAAGAAAGGAAGAAUUAAACUAAGGUCGACUUGUUCCCAAGCAUCAGUUAUUCA